GAUCUGCUGCCUCCAGCCCUUCCCUGAGCACGAUGGGAACCACGGAAGCCACGCUGCGGAUGGAGAACGUGGAUGUGAAGGAAGAAUGGCAGGACGAGGAUUUCCCCAGACCUCUCCCAGAAGAGACAGGGAUGGAGUCACUGGGAAGCCCCACAGAAGAUGAGAACACAUCCUCUCCCCCCAAUACUUUAAAUUUUAACGGGGCGCAUCGUAAGCGGAAGACACUUGUUGCACCUGAAAUCAACAUUUCCCUGGACCAGAGUGAAGGCUCCAUUCUCUCUGAUGACUUCCUGGACACUCCAGAUGACCUGGAUAUUAAUGUGGAUGAUAUUGAAACACCUGAUGAGACAGAUUCCCUCGAAUUCCUGGGCAACGGGAACGAACUGGAAUGGGAAGAUGACACUCCUGUAGCCACAGCCAAGAACAUGCCUGGGGACAGUGCAGACCUGUUUGGGGACGGGGGGACAGAGGAUGGCAGUGCCACCAACGGCCGGCUCUGGAGGACCGUCAUCAUCGGGGAGCAGGAGCACAGGAUCGACCUCCAGAUGAUCAAACCCUACAUGAGAGUGGUGACACACGGAGGAUACUACGGAGAAGGUCUCAAUGCCAUCAUUGUCUUUGCUGCCUGUUACCUCCCCGACAGCAACCUGGCUGAUUACCACUACAUCAUGGAAAACCUCUUCCUGUACGUGAUCAGCAGCCUGGAGCUGCUGGUGGCUGAGGAUUACAUGAUCGUGUACCUGAACGGGGCGACGCCCCGGCGGAGGAUGCCGGGCCUGGGCUGGCUCAAGAAAUGCUACCAGAUGAUCGACAGAAGGCUCCGUAAAAACCUCAAAGCCCUGAUCAUCGUGCACCCGUCGUGGUUCAUCCGGACGGUGCUGGCCAUAUCCAGACCCUUCAUCAGUGUGAAGUUUAUCAAUAAGAUCCAGUACGUCCACACCCUGGAGGAGCUGGAGCAGCUCAUCCCCAUGGAGCACGUGCAGAUCCCAGACUGUGUCCUACAAUAUGAGGAAGAGAGGAUCAAGGCCAGAAAAGAGAGGGCAGAAGAGAAACAAGACAUGGCCGAGAGGGAAAGCAGGCCUGUGCCUCCAGGAGAGGAUCAAGAAACCAGUAUGUCCUGAAUGGGAGCAGGAGGUGGAUGGAUGGAGUGGAAGGACACAGCCUGGCAGCCACCCACGGCAAUGACCUUUUGGGACAAAACCUUGUCACCAUCUUAUUCCAAGUCCUGUAAGAUCCCAGAGCCUGCCUCCUCUGUCUCCAAGAUGCAAAGCUCUUUAACCUUUUUGGAAACAUUUUACCUUAAAAAAAAAAAAAGAAGAAGAAGAAGGACAACAAUCAAACAAACAAACAAAAACCACCCCACGAAACAAAGCAGGCCAAGAAAAGCACUUUUCAGGACAGGUUCUGGUGUGUUUCUGGAAUGGUCUGUGGAGAGCUGUGACACAGUGCAAAUACACACCUUGUAGUAAGUUAAGAGCACCCUCUAAUCCAUUAGUCCCCAGCCCAGAAAGAGAUUUAUUUUGUUGGUUAAAUUAUAAACCCACCUGAACUCGCUGCUGGCCAGCGCGGAGACGGUUUUGCUUUAAAGCUGCACCCCCAGGUUCCUCCCCAGGAAAUAACUAAUACAGGCAAUGAAAAGAGCUUUUCCCUCCUUUUUAUAGCCAGUGUGUGUUUCUUCCUGAAAAUACCAAGUGCCCACCGGCCUCGGCAGCACUUCCAGCCUUGGCUGUCCCAGCAAAGUCGUUGCCAGCUCCUCAGUCCUCAUUCCCGGGAGGAAAUGCCACGUUUUGGGUUGGGUUUUUUUCCCUGAUUUGUUCCAUUCCGGUGUGUAAGGCACUCUGGGAGCUCUGAAGGAGUCCCCCAUGGAAUGGCAGCCUCCACAGAACCUUCCUGGGAGCAUCUUCUCCACCCUGAGAAGGUCUGGGUUCGGGAGGAGCCCCGCGGACGGGAACGGUUUCCACGCCUCGUCUUUGUCUCAAUAUCACGGCCCUGGACAAUCACUCCCUGUCAAAUACCUCCCACUGCAGAGACAAGCUGCUAAAAUGGUGGAAGUUUCCCUCCUGAGGGCCCUCAUCCAUCAGCAUUCCUGCCUGGAAUAUCCCUCCCCUGGAGAACGCAGGGCACGGGACUGGGUUCAGGUGUGACGUUGACUCUGGAAAUCUGGAUCUGGGAACUCGUGAGGAUCCUGUGAGCAAAGGAGGGAGGGAAAAGUAAAUUAAGGAACAACCCUCUGGCCAAAAUUAUUUGGAAGUUACUUCACCAGACCCAGGUUACAUCCCCACCCCUGGAAGUGUCCAAAGCCAGGUUGGAGCAACCUGGGACAGCAAAAGGUGUCCCUGCCCAUGGCAGGGGGUGGCACUGGAUGAGUUUAAGGUCCCUUCCAACCCAACCCAGUCUGGGAUUCUGGGAUCAGGUAAAACCCCUCCCAGACACCUGCAGAUGGAGAAUCACCUGCCUGUUUGACCACUUCAAGAAUAUUUCCAGGAGAAUUCUGGCUGAGCAAGAUUUCCCUCAGGACAGGGAUGGAUCCUCUGGAUACACAAAGCUGCUCUUUUUUUUUUUCCUUUCACUGAGUUAAAACCACCACGGGUGAGAUCUUUAUUUCCCUGAAUGCUACAAAGAAGCACCAAAUAUAUACUUCUUAAGGUUAGUUCUCCUUUGAGACCCGUUCUCAUGCUGGAUGUAUUUGCUGACCAGACCUUUGCAUGAAAAGCAGAGCACCCACAGCACCCACCCAGGAUGGGUGAAGAUGGCAAAAAACCCUCCCCCUUCCAUCUCACUGGCAUGUUAAUAACAAGCACCAACCAAGCAUUGAGCUCCACAGCUUUCUGGAAACAUCAUUUUAAAUUUAUUUAUUUAUUAUUAUUAUUAUUAUUUUUAUUAUUAUUAUUAUCGACAAAGGAUUUCAAGGCCAGGUUGGAGCAACCUGCUCAUGGAACUGGAUGAGCUUUAAGGUCCCUCCCAAACCCAUCCUGGGAUUCUAUGAAGUGAAUUCUGGGCAUGAAAAAACCCCCCCAAACCCCCAAAAACCUUCAGUUUUUUUUGGGUUCUGCCAAGUGACAUCUCCCUGCUGAGCUCCCAGCCAGGGAACUGCCUGGAGGCAGAAGCAGCAGGAAUUCCCAAAUAGAAUUCCCAAAUAGAAUUCCCAAAUAGAAUUCCCAAAUAGAAUUCCCAUCUGCAGAGCUGGCUCUGUCAGAGGGGCUGAGCAACCCACUGAAAUUAAGGAAAGGACUUUUCCUGAUUCAAUUAUUUGAGCUCCCAGCCAGGAACAAUCACAAACCUCCUCGUGGGCUCUGUGAAUUCACCAUCUCCUGACUGAUAACACAUCAAUUUGAUUUUCCUCUUUUCUUUUUGAGGCUGUUUUUUAAUGAAUUUAGACAAAAAACCCAUCAGCUUUCCACAGUGCAGUCGGGCCCUGCAAGGGAGGUUUGCAGUUAUACAGUGAAUAAAACUGAUAAAACAUUUAAUAAUGAUGCAAAAAUCCGACUUUAGAAAGCUUUUGUGGGCAUCAAAUCCAUUAAAAACGUUCACAACCCCAUGGAAAAUAUUGCUGUUCUGGAAAACAUGGAUGUGGAAGAUUAGGAAACUUCAAUUUCCUUCAAUUUUGGACCCUGGAAGAACAGAGAGGCUCUGGCUCCUCAGCAACCUCCACCCCACAAGAAUGUGGGGUUUUGGGUUGUUUUCUUUCUUUCCAAAGACACUCUGCCUACAUUGUCAGAAAAAAAAAUGAAAUUAGAGGAAUGUGAGGAUGAAACUUCAUAUUUUUUCCAAGUAGUUCCCUCAGGAAAAGGGAAUUUCAGCCGUGAAAAGGAGAAAUCACCAAUUUUCACUUCAAGAUCCCACCUCAGUCAGUUGUUUCAAUACACAAAAGUCAAUUUAGAAGUUAUUUUUUUUCAAGAAGUGCACUUUCUGAGGGAGUGGUAUGCACUGUGUUUUAAUUUUUUAAGAGGAUUUUUAUGAGUGUCUAAAGUUUUAUGUUCCUGGAUGGAUGGAUGGAUGGAUGGAUGGAUGGAUGGAUGGAGGGAUGAUGUUUAUGUGUCUUUUCCACACAGAGAAGAACCUGCAGCCCCACAAAGGAUAAAUUAAAGCUGAAAUAUAAAAACUGCAACAAAUUGAAAAAAUAAUUCCCUUCUUUCAGACACUGAUUUUAGGUGUUACUUGCCUAAAAAAAAAAAAAGCUACAAAUUCUUGGACAGAAAGAAUUGUUGGUGUCCCUUUCCCAAACAUGGAGUGACAAAACUCAGCUGGGUGUGGAUAAACCUGAAUUGUUGCUGCUAAAAGUGGAUUUAUAUCAUAACUUUGAGUGGAAUAGAGACCUAAAAAUAGGUUUAAAAUUUAAAAUGAAAUCCCCUGCACCCCUCUAGCAACCCUGCUGGACUGGCCAGUGUCCCCAGUGGGCUCCAGGCCUCAUUUCUGCCUCAGAAAACCACCUCUGGAGGAUCAAUAUUUGGACUUAAUAUUCAGUGUAUUGGACAAAACAGCUUCUGCUCCUGGAUCCCACCUUAAGGAGGUGGUUUUUUUCCAUGGUGAAUCCAUGGAAAGCCACAUCUGAGCUGCAGGAGGAGUUGUUUUAUGCUCACAACAAUCUCUCUGCUCUUCCCUCGGGGUGGAUUUAACGGCCGAACUUCACCUCACAGCCCGAAAAAAAAUCACAUUUCUUCCUCUCCACUUGAUUCCAGGCUGGGAAUUUUACCUUCCCAUCUCCUCCAGGUUGCCACAGGAUUUGUCCCAGGCACUUCUCAGAUCCCAGAACUACUCUGGUUUUAUGUUUUUGGUUUUUUUUUUCAUGGAGGAUCCUCCAGAUUUGGGACCGUCCGAGAAAUUUUCAUCCCACAAGGAAGACACAAGGAAUUAAACCUGGGAUGCUGCUGCUGUAAAUUCCAGUUGGAUCUAAUCCAAGUUUUUCUGUACAGUACUGUGUAAAUGUGAGUGGAUAUUUAGAGCUUCCCUCAUGGCACUUUUUCCAUCCCAUUUUUUUGGCAAGCACCUGGAUGAGAGACCCCGGUGGGAGAAGUUUGAAAAGUGAUAAAUCCUCUUUUUUUUUUCUUUUUUAGAGCUCUAGGGAUUAAAAACCACGGGAGUGAAGGAAAGGCAGGUGGGAAUAACCUGCCAGGGGGUGAAAAGGGGGACAGAAAAAUGGCUCUAAACACACAAGCACAUGUUUUUCUCUUUUGUAUUCCCUGAUUUCCUGGCAGGCAGAAAUGCAGCAUGUUGCUGGUAAAAGUGAAUUUUCUGACUCACCAUGGCAAGAAACCACAAUUUCACAACUUCAGGUUGUUUUAGUUUUCCUUUCCAGUGGGUCCUUUCAACCCAAACCGACCUGUAAAAAACAAAAACAAACCAACAAAAGGUGUGAAAUGUCAUUUUUCUACCGUGUUUGUAAUUAGGUGCUUGGUGGUAGCAGACCUAGAUCUCUGUUCAAUAUGUAUUCAGAUUUUUUUUGCUUUGUAUUAUUCCAUAAAAAUCUGUGGAUAUUCAAUUAAAAUGAGACUAAUCCUUCAGCAAAA